CUUGUAAGAGACCCCUUCUCUUUCCCGGUUCCUUACAAAGAAGUUGAAAUGUUUUCUGUUUUGCUCUCUUUUUUAUUUUCUUUUUCCCUUUAAAAUUUUGAAAAUUUUGUUUUCUUUUUCUUCUUUUGGAUGGACUUAGAGGGAGGUCUAUCUUCGAGUUCGUUGGCUUCGGCGGCGGAGGAUGCGGUGGCUGUGGAUCGGAUGGAUGUGGAAGCGGCGGAGAUAUUGGCCGCCUUGGCACAUUCGAAUGAGUGGGCUGCUGCUGCCACUGCCUUCUCCGGGGAAUUUGGAGCCAAAUGGGGAUGCAAAGGGAGGCGAGUGAGGAAGCGAGUCGUUACUAGUGGUGAUGAGUCACUGCCUUCUGGCAUUGGUUCGAACCCGGUUCUCGCUGAGGAUCAAGCUGUAGUGGACCAGGAGCAAAGUCCAGUGAUGAGCACAUCUGUAGUUAUUGAGUCGGUAGAAGCUGAGUCGCUUCACGGGAGUCAUCCUUGUACUGAAAGAUGCACAUCCAAUGGGGUGGUGAGGUUGAGACAGAAUGUAACUGAGGUUGAAAAAGAAACAUGUAGCUUGCAUACAAUGCUAACAAAUAAGGAGUCUGGUUGGCAGAUGAUUCAUGAACAGCCGAUAUUAUUCAGCACUGUGAGAAUGAUGGAGAAAGAUAUUUGGGAGGAUAGUCCUCUGGAUGAAAUAAAAGGGAAUAAUGCUCUCAUAAAACCAGUAAAGAUUGAACAGAAUCCUGAAUAUGUGAAAUCAAGUCCUACAAGUGCAACAAAUCACGUGUCAGGUGGUGUGGGAAGGUCAAGACAGAAUUUAACCGAGGCUGAAAAGGAAGAACGAAGGUUACGUAGAAUAUUAGCAAACAGAGAGUCAGCUAGACAAACGAUUCACCGAAGGAAGGCUCUCUGCCAAAAGUUGACCCUGAAAGUUACCAAUUUAACAAAGGAGAAUGAAAAUCUCAAGAGGGAAAAAGAGUUGGCCCUAAAAGAGUAUCAGUCUCAAGAGAGCACCAAUGAGCACCUGAAGGCUGUGAUGGCUAAGGCAAUGAAAGCUGAGGAAAGGAAAAUCUGCACGGAACUUAAGUUAGACCAUCAGAUUUCUGGUGCAUCUAGAAACUAUCCAUAUUCAUUUUACAACCAACAUCCUUUCCCCCCUUUUUGUUGGCCGUCCAGUGUUACGCCUUCACAUCCUGUUCAAUCACAAUAUGGGCACCAACAUGCCAAUUUUUUCCCAUCUAGCAUUUCAUCGCUAACUAAUGGUAGGUUUGAUUCAUUUUUUAAUCAAGAAAAUCCCGUAGACGUGAAUGGCCCCAAGACCGCCCUAUAUGUAGUGCCUUAUCCUUGGUUCUUUACACUUCCUUAUAAUCAGAGUGGACUGCAUCAUCUGCCUUCUCGUGGCUUAAAAGAUAUGGAAGAUGAAAAUUCUGUGAGUAAUUGUUGUAAUGCUGUGUGUUCUUCGAAACCUGUCAUAAAAGAGGAGAAAUAUAAUUCCUCUUUACCUGUAGAAGUUGAAAAAGGUCCUAAUAACCUGAAUUGUACUCCGGCUGGGCUUCCUGUCGAUGGAGGUGAUCAGUGUUUGUUCCACAUUAAAGAAGAGGUCUUUGUGCCUACGCCUCUGUGUUCUGCAGGGACUUCAUUUGUUGCUCAACUGGAGAAUAAAACAAAUCAUGAUGUCAAGACUGAAGAGGCUCCUGUAAGAGCAUUUGAUUUUGGUGGUGCAUUGCCGGGGGCUGAUCAAGAAUCAACAGAUUAUACAAGUAAGAAAGUACUGGAUGCAGUGGCUGCCUCCGAGGCGAGAAAGAGGAGGAAGCAACUUACAAAGCUAAAGAACCUCCAUGGCCGACAACAUACACCGUUGAGCAUAUCAGAAAAAGUUUAGACAGUUGCUCUGACUAUAUUCUCUCAAUCAAUUCUCAAGGGUAUAGGCACUUGAGACAUGCAGGAAGGCCUUCCUGCAGCACUUGCUAAGAAGCUUGUUGGUAAUUUAGUCUACUUAUUGCAGUUGAAAAUACUCUCUUCUUCUUUUAUUCAUCUCGUAGACGAUGUUCGUUUGAUGUUCUCGUUUCCUUUGGAGAGAUGCUCUUUCCGAUCCAUCGCACUCUUUGAUGCCAACUUUGAAGCUGAAUUUGAAACCGUCACUGAUCUUUCUAUAUGUGAUGCUUUCCUCUUAACAACUUUUGGAUAUGGUAAUCAUGGAUGAUGCAAGCUCUACACUCAAUGAGAAAAUUAGUCUUGUUAAGGGGGAACAAUACA